AUGUUAGGAGCAAAAGUCGCCCGCGCAGCUUCCAGGCUGGCGCUGCUACCCAGUGGUCGCCCAAUCACAGGCACCAUCCUGACCUCCACCGCCGCCCGCACCAUAACCAACAGCGCAAGCAACCUGCGCCCAGACACAAAGGACAAGGACCACCCCAAGACGGCGGGCAGCUACGCGCGGACCGACGCCAGCGUGACGGUCGAGUACCCGGAGGCGCACGAGCUGCCGUCGUCGGCACCCAUCAAGGGCGCCGGCCGCGCGGGCGUCAACGUCAAGCCCACGCUGGCCACCUUUUCGCUGCAGGGCAAGGUCGGCGUCGUCACGGGCGGAGCGCGGGGGCUCGGCCUCGUCAUGGGCCAGGGCAUGGUGGUCAGCGGGGCCGACUUGGCCAUUGUCGAUCUCAACCUCGACGAGGCGAGGGAGCAGGCGGAUGCGAUUGUUGAGCAGUUUAGGAGGGAGAAUCCCGAGGCGACGAGGCUACCCAAGGUGACGGCACACUACGCCGAUGUGUCGUCGGAAGAGUCGGUCAACGCCUGCAUCGACGACGUCCUCGCGCAGCACGGCAAGAUCGACAGCCUGGUGACAUCUGCCGGCUUCACCGAGAACUUUGAGGCGACGCAGUACCCGAUCGACCGGAUGCGCAAGCUGUUCGGCGUCAACUUUGACGGCACGUACCUGUUCGCGACGGCGGUGGCCAAGCACCUGAUGGCUCGCCAGGCGGCGGGCAGCAUGGUCUUCAUCGGCAGCAUGAGCGGCGCCAUCGUCAACGUGCCGCAGCCCCAGGCCCCCUACAACAGCGCCAAGGCCGCCGUGCGCCACCUGGCCGCCAGCCUGGCCGUCGAGUGGGCCCACGCCGGCAUCCGCGUCAACUGCAUCAGCCCGGGCUACAUGCUCACCGCCCUGACCAAGAAGAUCCUCGACGACAAGCCCGACCUCAAGAAGAAGUGGACCAGCCUCAUCCCCCAGGGCAGGAUGGGCGCGCCCGAGGACCUCAUGGGUCCCGUGACCUUCCUGCUGUCGGACGCGUCCGUCUACGUCACCGGGGCUGACAUCCGUGUCGAUGGCGGUUACACUGUCAUCUGA